AUGAAGCUAAUCCUCUGCCUGCUGACACUGUCCCUCAUCGGCGUGAUGGGCCAGCAGUACUUUGGUGUGAACGAGCCGGCCCUUGGCUUUUCGGCCGACAAGAUUCCCGGCCAGCUGUGGUUCGACUUCCCGCUCAUUCCGAACGAGUCCAUUGACUACUUCGCCGCCAAGGGCAUGAACACCAUCCGCGUGGGCCUCAUCUGGGAGCGAGCCCAGCCCACCCUCUUCGGCGCCCUUGACUCCACCUACAUCCAAUACCUGACGGACAGUGUGAACUACGUGACCAACACGAAGGGCAUGUACUGUCUGCUGGACCUGCACAACUACCACCGCUAUCGCGACCAGGUGAUCGGCUCAACCGCAGUGCCCUACACGGCGCUCACCGACGUGUGGCAGCGCCUGGCCACGCUCUACAAGGACAACCCGCGCAUGAUAUGGGGCACCAUGAACGAGCCCUACGGUAUCACCUACCUCGCCGCCAAGCUCGGCGCCAACGCCGCCAUCAAGGGCAUCCGUGACGCCGGCGCCACUCAACUGAUCACGAUCAGCGGCAAUGACUACUCGAGCGUGUCCGGGUGGGUGGGCACCAACAGCGUGUGGAUGGGUCC